CGAGUGUGCUCAUCAAGCGGAGGAUAGUAUCAUCGGCAACCACCUUGCGCUCAGCUUCCAUUCCACGCCGACUCCGGGCGCAGGGAUGUUGUUAUCACAGAUCUCAACACAUCGUAUUGAAUAUGUGCUCCCACUUGAUCCCGGUGUUGUACGAACCUCCGGGAUGAAACUUUCUUCAAGCACACCAAUCUUUUUCUCUCAAAAGUUCAACGGAGAACGCAAUUUUCUUACUAUGAACAUACACUGCAUCAAUAGCACAAGGCGUCAAGCGGAAGUGCGAGUGCCCGGCCUGCCUCCGUCGCACGCAGCCACCGGCAAGUACACAGGGUCAACUAGGCUCAUCUUGAGAUCUCAGAUCUCACCAGAUCCCCGAUCGCAAACCCUGCACGCUACUGCACGCCCAGCACGCACGCACCCCUCAAUGAGAUAUGGUCGACGUGGUUUUCUCGUACUCGCUCCUGACCGGGCAGAUUUUGCCCAUCCCAUGUUCAUUGGCUCUGAAAUUUGUACUUCUUGAAGAUGCGAGGUUAACGCGCGACACUUUGCAGGGCUACAUUUCCACGGAUACACAGCAGCCGAUACACGAGUCGAGAUCCUUGCUGGAAUGCAUUUCCUCCGACCGUUGAUUGAUUUGCGCCGACCUACGGAUGUCCAUGCGCGCAUCGAGAUGUGAGAGGCGAGUACAAAUGAUGCAAUUUGCUGUGACGUCACAGCGUAGUGUUCAGUAGGCAAGCUUGGCUGUGCUG